AUGGACAUCGAUCGUCAGGGAUUGAAGAGAGUCGAGGAUCAGCCACAAGGAUGGCUUGCGUGGGGAGCAAGUUGGCUCGGAGUUGGAGGCGGAGAUGAACAAAGUGAUACCAAAAAGUCAAAGGAUUUCGCCACACAGUUCAAUGAAGCGAUGACUCCGGCAGAGAAGGAAAAACUCUUUGAAGCGAUCGACUAUCAGGAGAACAUGCCACCUACAAAUUAUCCUAAGGAAUUUGUGGAAAACAAACUAGAUUUCCGUUUAAAACAGGUGGCUGUAGCUGUAGAUGGUGCUGUAGAGCUUAAUCUACUCAACCUGAGAGCACAUUUAGAGCAACGUCCGAGUGCGAAUGCUAUGAAUCUGCAAUCAUCGAUACCAGGAGCUCAAAAUGAACGGUUGCGGAGCAGAAAUGCUGCGCGUGAGGGAUCCAUCAAAGCCAUGGCUCAAUAUGUGUUCAAGCCUCCGGAAUCGGUAAAGCUCAACCAGCUAGCUGCAGCGGCGAUGUCUCGCUAUGAAGAGGUAAUGAAUAUUUGCAUUUACAGAAGUGAAAGCAGACGAUCUCGUGACUGGUGGGACGACACGCGGUUGAGAAAUCGAUCUCGUCUAGUUUUGGACAUUCAAAUUCAACCUGCCACUAUCUAUGUUUCUGAAGGAGGUGUUUACGAUUCUCAGAAGCCGACCAUUCUGGCUGAUCUGUCACUCGAGCAUCACAAACAGUGGAAAGUGAAUCCUAAUGCAAUAGCGCAGAAGGAUAAACUUCAUCAACUGAUGGAUAAGGCGUACGAUAAAUUCCGUAUGAAGCUCAGCAAUGUUGUGGUUUGCAUGGCGGAUAAUGUGGAGAAAGGGCGUGCAGCAUUGACAGACAAGGACAGCCCACUGCAUGUCCUCAAACCAACGGGUCUUGAUAUUCAGUUCCAUAAGUGUUCCAUUGAUGAUUUGAGGCUACCGAGGAUUCGACUAAUGGGUGCGCUGCCAGAUAUCGUUGUUGGAAUAUCAGAUACUCGGCUGUUACUUCUGACACAUGUGUUACUGUCUAUUCCAACACCAGAGCCGGAUCCUACACCACCUGUCGUUGAAGUGAAAUUGCCUGAAGAUGUGAACCUCAAAGCUCGUGCCAAAAUGAAGACUAUUAUGGAGACGCAGGAACUAGAGACAGAAGAGGAGAAAAAGGAGGAGGCGAAGGAAAGCGAAAGCGAUUCAUCCAAAUCUACAGAGCAGCAAGUUCAACUAGAACUCGACCUACAUUUGAAUCAGAUUGGCCUCGUUGUUUCACGAGGAGAUGAGGUGUUAUGCGAUGUUUCGAUACUUCGAAUGGGUUGCAAGUUACAAAUGAGAACAUUCGACAUGGUAGUAACAGCUGAAUUGGGUGCUAUUCGCAUAUCAAUGCCUAUGUUCAAAUCUCUGGAUCCAAUGAGACAAAACUUGUAUCUUAUUGAUAACAACGAGCAGGAAGGAUCCCUAAUGACUUUGAAGUUUGUCCAGGCCAAUCCCGAAUCACCUUUCUUUGCAACUGAGUACCACUCAACAGAACAGACUAUCGACUUCAAAUUUAGGAAGUUGAAUAUUGCCCUCCAUCAGGAAGGCUUGCUGGAAUUGAAAUUGUUCGGUGAAAAGAUGCAAAGAGAGAUCAAUGCUCUGCAAAAAGGAAAAGAGGGACAAGUUGAGGAGGCUGUCGAAGCGGGACGGAAGCUCAGUCGACAAGUUAGUCAAAGCAUGGAGUCAAUCGCAGCUCUUCAACGUCAGAAGUCUGCGGCAAGCAUGAGGAAGGUUAGGCGGGCACGUAGUGUUUCCACGGAUGAGGAGGAUCGCACUGUUAAAAUGCGUUUGGUAGCAUCUGUCGGAAGUUUGGCGGUGAUGAUCGGAACCCAGAAAUCCGGUGUUGACACAUUGGUUGCCAUUGAAAAUAUUCAAAGUAAAGUGAAGAUGACAGUGAAAGCGAUGGAUGUCUUUGCCACACUGGAAACUGUUAAAAUGGAAGAUAUGACGGAAGGAGCACUUUAUCGCAAACUGCUCUCGGUGACAGGAAACAAGGAAAUGUUGAGAUUCGAAAUGACCCAAUACCAACGAAAUGAGGAGCAGAAAAAGGCUAUGCAUCCGAACGAUAUUGAUAUGAAAGUGAAAGUUCGAUUGGCUGAGAUGCGAUUUGUUUUUCUUAACUUAUGGCUUUCUCGUCUGAUGGCUUGGAGUACGCCGUUCCAGGAAGAAGCAGCUAAAGCUGCCGCGGCGGCUCAAGCGGCUGCCUCUGAAAAGGCUCAGGAAGCUGCACAAAACGUGAAGCAGAUGAUGGCUGAGAAUCCGCCUCGCAUUCAACUUGAUGUCGAACUUGAAGCGCCUGUGAUAUUGCUUCCACAGCUGUCUGUCAGCCGCAACGUGAUAGUGCUCGUGUUAGGUAGACUCGUCGUUAACAACCAAAUCACCGGAGAUAAGAAGAAUCCAAAAUUAAUACUCGACCGUAUGGAAGUGAAGUUGUUGGAUAUGAAAUUUGGAAUGUCAGUUUCAUCAUUAAAUUCCAUCGAUCGGCUUUUGGACCAGUCUUGUGAAUGUGAUUUUUCUACUAUAAUCGGUUUUAGUGGUUCCGUCGACGCAGAUGCUACAAAACUACUAGGCACAUGCGAUAUUCUGCAACCAUUGUCUUUCAAUGUCACAAUUCACAGUGGUUCCGUCGACGCAGAUGCUGCAAAAUUACUAGGCACAUGCGAUAUUCUGCAACCAUUGUCUUUCAAUGUCACAAUUCACAGGAAUCUGGUGUUCUCCAUUUGCAAGGAUCUUCCUGAGAUUGCAGUGGAUGCACAAAUUCCCUCACUUGCUGUGAAUAUGUCGGAGCAGGACUACAGUACUUUAAUGCAGACGCUGAGCGGAAAUCUUGCCGAAGGCAAUGUUGUCGAGGAACCACCGCCUCCACCCACGAUAUGUGAUACGACUGACGGUGUUCAAGUGUUGGAAGACAAAACCGAUGAUAAGGGUCGUCAGGAAAAGAAGAAGGUGGUAGCAACUACCUCCAGCACUCCAAAAGUGGAGACGCCACCGCCAGUUGAAGUCGCGAAGCCAAGAAUCGUUUUUCAGUUCUCCCUGGAUCAAAUCGUGGCUGUGCUGUAUACUGGUGGUACCGAGGAUGGCUCCACUCGGCGACCUGAUGCGAACGCUUUUGCCUCCAUGAAAUUACUCGGGUUGAAGCUCAGUGGCUCCAUCAAAGAAGACAACUCGAUGAAUGUGGCAAUUUCGAUGAACACCUUCACGAUGUCAGAUGAACGCCGUGCUCUGACUAAGAUCCAUCAGCUGCUUGAUAAGAAGUCGACUAAUGAGGCUGAACGCUUCAUAGCUUUGGCUUUCUCUCAAGAUGCUGAGCAGAACAAAAAUAUUAAAUUGAAAAUGACGGCGUUCUUCAUCUGCCUGUGUCCGGAGUUCUUGGGUUGCCUGGCACGCUUCUUCACGGUGACUCAAUCGCCAGAGCAGCGUGAAUAUGAAAAGGAUGCUCUAAUGGCGAAAGGAAAGCAGACUAAGCUGACCGCUGCUGGAGCUGCUGCUUUGAAGGAGGAUGCUCCAGCGCCGUCGAUGGUUCUCGAUUGUGACAUGCAGGGUGUUGAAGUCAUCCUGGUCGAAAGUUCGAUGGAACCUGACACCUCUCAAGCUUUGAUCCUGUCGUUCAACAUGAAAAUGGUUGCGACUCCGUCUCCCAAGGAACAGGUCAUGAGAGGAGGGAUAGAAAAGUUGGCAAUCUUCAGCUCUUACUAUGCUCCAUGGAGAAGGAACGAAGUCACCUAUGAGGUUCUGAAGCCUAUGAAUAUUGGCAUCGACAUGAAGAUAGACACGCCAACAAAAGCAACAGAUGUGGUGUUGAAAAUGUCACCGAUGGAAAUUCGUAUGGCUCCUUCAGUUAUUCGCCUCCUCUCUACUGUCAAUGCCGAAUUCGCAAAGAGCAGUGCAGUGACUGAGGAAAGCACUGGAUCGCAAGAAAUGAAGCCGCCGUCAUUCCAAAACUACUGGCGAGCCAGGCGCAUUGAACCGAAAAAGUUCUGGUUUUACAAUGCACCAACGGCUGAGGAAGCCUGUGAGGCAGAUCUGGAAAGUGCUGAAAAUACCAAAAGUAGUCAAGCUCCUCUUGAGCGUGCUCAUGUCGAAAUCGAACGCAUGAACUUUACUCUUGAAGCUGGAUCUGGAACGAUUCCUGUGCCGUUGAUUUUUAUGCAAAUGCUGGUCAAAGCUGAAGCGUCCGGGUGGUCGUCAGCGCUACAGGCCUCUGCCAAUCUCUCUCUGCAGAUGUCUUACUACAAUGAGUCGUUAAGUGUCUGGGAGCCAGUUAUUGAGCCCGUGGAAUGUGGCACGGAUAGCUGGGCUCCGUGGAACCUCACAAUGACGGUCAAAGGGCGAAACAAAAAUGAUCAAGGAGACGCCAAACCUGGCAUGGAUGUGAAGAUUGAUGCAGAUGAUAUGCUGAAUGUUACUGUUACAAAAACGUUCAUUUCGUUGCUGAACCACGUAUCUCAAGCGUUCGCCGCUGCUGCCAAGAAGAGCAGUCCACCACUUACUCGUCACCUUCCUGGUCUUUCCGCGUUUCUGGUGCUGAACGAGACCGGAAUUAUUAUCAAGGUCGCCGGCUCUGAUAGUAUUCAGAUAAAUGAGAGUGGUGAGGAAGUUGAAGCACCGCACGGUAGAUUUGUUGAUUUGCACAUGAGCAAGGAAACAGCGGCCAAGGCCGCGGAAUCACAAGACAAGGAGCGUCUUAGCUCAAACCAAACGGAAUUGAGUGCUUAUUUGCGAGUGAAUCUCCUCGAUACGGUCAGGCAAUUGAAAAUCGGCCGUGCGGACAAGGUUUCCAUACCGUUACCAAAGAAAAGUGAUGCAGGAAAGCAGUGGAAGAUCAUUGCGGAUACAACGAUUGAGAAUGGUCGUCGUCUUAUUACAUUCAAGUCCCAUGUUAGUGUGACGAACCAUCUGGACACACCCAUGGAGUUGUACGCGAAGAAUGGCUCCAAUCUGGAUUUGUUUGGAACUGUCGCUCCAAAUGAAACACUCCAACUGGCGGUACCGCUCCUGUAUUCCCCAACAGGAGAGAUUUUCUUCAGGCCCGCGAAUGACAAAUGUGAAGUGAGCUUCGAAUCCGUGACUUGGCAUAACUUCAUGCACAAUCAACGAAAGGUGAUCAGAUGCGAUCUGAGCGAAGAUACUACUCAGGGCUACUUUUUCGAGACUGUUGUCCGUGAAGAACGAGUUCGUGAAGGUAUUAUAUACGAGUCGAUCAGCAAACGGAAGUGUAUUCGAUGCAUAUCUAUCCUCCACUGCAAUUCCAUAAUAUCCUUCCAUUCUCGGAUCAACCUUAAAAUGCCAGUUGCGAUGGAUUUGCAACCAGGAGAGUGCACACUGCUCAACAUGAUUCCAGGUCACCGUCUUCGACUAUGGGCUCCGUACCUCGGAGAAAUGUAUUCGCUUGAUAUGAAAAUACCGGAAGUCAAGAAGGAUCUGGAGGUUGUGGCGCUGAAUACUGACACUGGUUCUUCUGAGCUUCUGCUCGGACUGCACUGGAGCACUGAUCAUGGUGAUUUGAAAGUGUACCUGUACGCGCCGUUCUGGCUGGUGAACAACACCUCGAUGACACUCAAGCAUAUGGAGUCCGAAUAUGCCGUUAAGCAUCUUCCCGAGGAAAAUCCGCUCAUCCUUCCAUUCCCCAGCACCGAUUUCACGAAAAAGAAAAAGUUUAAUUUUACAGUCUCGCUGUGUGGUGUUGAUCAGCCAGGCUGUCAGUGGUCGCAAGAAAUGCCGCUCGACACCGUUGGUAAUCCAGCCCGAGUGAUCUGUGAAGGACAAGACAGAGACUAUGAGUUGACUGUCGACAUCAAAUUGUGCCAGUCGGGAUUGACAAAGAUUGUCACAUUCUGUCCGUUCUUUUUGGUCUCGAAUCUCAGCAAAUGGGAUAUGGAAGUCAGGGAAGAAGGGCAGAGUGAAUGGGUAUCUGUUCCAGCGGAAAAGCUCGACAAUGAUCAAGUCGGAAUAGAAGUUUGCGUAACGACCUCUGAUUCUUCUGUUGCUGUGCAUCUGUCUCCGUUCCAACAAGGCAUGGCCCCGGUGUGUGUGAUGAACAGUCUGAAUGUACCAAUCACCUUUGGACAAAGGGGACAUGAAAUGAAGACCGUCAAUAGCAACGAAAUGAUGUACUUCACAUGGGCCAAUGUUACUAGGGACAAGGUCAUGGAGUUCAAAGUAGGAGGAUAUACCGGUGAGGAUAAGCUCGAUCAGAACCGCUUUGCCGACAUACAGUUAGACCCCAACGUACGAAAUUUAAUUUUACAGUCUCGCGUGCUGGUGGAUCAGCCAGGCUGUCAGUGGUCGCAAGAAAUGCCGCUCGACACCGUUGGUAAUCCAGCCCGAGUGAUCUGUGAAGGACAAGACAGAGACUAUGAGUUGACUGUCGACAUCAAAUUGUGCCAGUCGGGAUUGACAAAGAUUGUUACAUUCUGUCCGUUCUUUUUGGUCUCGAAUCUCAGCAAAUGGGAUAUGGAAGUCAGGGAAGAAGGGCAGAGUGAAUGGGUAUCUGUUCCAGCGGAAAAGCGGUCUCUCUGA